AGUUUGGUCAGUGAAUCCUUUUAGGAGGGAAAAAUUCAAGCUACUCUUCAGCGAGGGAGCCACCGUCGCUGACUGACUCCAUCUUUGUUGCGGCGUUUGUAAGUUUCUUUCGUCGUCGUCGAUACAACUUUCACGUUAAGAUGACGAUCCGCCCCGCAUACAAGCCUGAUAUCAUCAAGAAGAGGAUCAAGAAGUUCACCAGACAUCAGUCUGACCGAUAUGUUAAGCUGAGGAGGAGCUGGCGUAAGCCCAAGGGUAUUGACAACCGCGUCAGAAGGAGGUUCAAGGGCCAGUACCUGAUGCCCAACAUUGGUUAUGGAUCCAACAAGAAGACCAGACACAUGCUUCCGUCAGGCUUCAGGAAGGUCCUUGUCCACAAUGUCAAGGAACUGGAAGUCCUUAUGAUGCAAAACAAGAAGUACUGCGCAGAAAUUGCACAUGCCGUUUCCUCAAAGAAGAGAAAACAGAUUGUCGAGCGUGCUCAGCAGCUUUCCAUUAGGGUGACGAAUGCCCAUGCUCGUCUCCGCUCUGAGGAAAAUGAAUAAAUUGUGUACUUCUGCUAA